AUGAAGGUCAUCGCCACUCUCAUCUCCCUGAUCGCUGCUGUCGCCGCGCAGAAUACCGCCAUUGGCUACCCGCCUGACCAGACCACAGUCAGCCCGGGGCAAAAUAUGACCGUCCAGAUCAAUCGCCCGAACUCUCUUACCGGCUCCCAGGAAGUUGCCGUAGUUAUCGCGGUUGGUCACUGCUUCGCUACCCCAUGCGAUAACACCGAGCGCUUGGGGGCCAUCUUGUACAACGGACCAUUCAACCCUCAGUAUCCCACGAACCAUACGCCGCAGGAUACGCCGCAGCAGAACUUCACCGUGCAGAUCCCACCUGGGAUGGCCACCGGUCCAGCGGCUCUGACACUUGUUCACCUUUCCCUCGUCGGGGCGGGCCCGCUGCCAUUCAUGGAAACGCAUAACGUGACGCUGAAUGUGCAGUAG